UUUGAAGAGAAAUGUUUACAUGCAACUGAUAAUAUUUCUAGAAUGACUAUUGCUUCAGCUGGGCUCAUGAUUCGUACUAGUGACUGUUAUGGAGAACAGGGUAAAACCAAGCGCCUACACAGGCCGUGCAGAUUAUAAUAUAAAAGUAGAAAAAUAAUCUCUCAACACAUAUAUGUACAAUAACAAUCUCCCUGACCUAACAUCAAGUAUGUGUAUCACAG